AUGCGUUUUGCUUGCAUCUUACUAUUAUUCGCGCUUGUCAUUGCAGCAGAUGCUCAUAUGGCUGCGACACUCGAGACGCUUUCUCCACCUUUCGGUUCCACCAAAACGCAAGAAAACCCAGUCUCGACCGAUACUUUGAUCAACACUGUCCUCAAAAGUGCAGUUUUGGAUAGCGUUGACAAUGAGAUUUUGACAACUUCUGCACCAAAAGGUUCCCGUGGUCAAGAUGCGAUUACACUCCCUGCACAUGACUCUGCAACAACUAGGUCCGACUCGGUGUCAAAUAGCAGCAGAAACGACUCGGCAGCACAAACUGGUUACAAGACGCCAUCAGCGGCAGCGACCGAUGGACACAAGCCGGUGUCAUCUACCGUGGACGCGCUUAAUGAAAGAACCGGAAAGUUGAGCGCAGGUACUUCAACUGGCGUUGAAGCUAUUCUUCCGAUCAUUUUGGGAGCUCUCGGUUGUGUUGGGGUCUUGGCGAUGGCUGUGAUGCAUCAGAAAAAACGUGACGUUAAUGUGAAUGACAGCAACCGUGCUAGCCUUGACUGCGAGUAUAGCGGGACAGAUUUACUCCCUGAGGACCAAUCGCUUAGCAUUGCGCAGGCAAAAUCCCCGCUUGUCGCUAGUAAAAUGCCAGAUAGUGACCACAACUUGGCUGUGACUGCUUGCAUUGUGGGAAAUAACUCCCCCAUUCACUCGACUUCUCCGUUCGGCAGUACCCGCAAAAUGCGCGUAAGCUCUCCUGUUCCAAGCUCCUACCCGAAUAGAGAAACCAACAUUGAAUUUCAGGACGCGUGCUCCCGCUAUGGUGAAGGCAGCGAUGUAAUCCUUACUUUUAACAAAGUUCGGGCCGAUUCAUCUUAUCUAGCUUCCCAGGUGCAGUUGUAA